AAUAUGACUUGACCGAUGGAGGCGCAAACAGUGCAUUCAGUCAUGGCUUCAAUUCUGGAUGAAUACGAAGACUCGCAAAACACCAGGCCGACUUCUCAACAGCACAACCGACUGUCGAGCACCAACAUCGGCAUCACACAUUCAGGUUUUGUGAAUGUGAGACUUGAGGAAGAGAAGCCGAUAUUCAAUAAGCAAAGGAUCGAUUUUUCACCACCUGAAAAAAUUAACCACCUUGCAGUCUGCAACAAUCAGCUGUGCAUGAGUUUGGGAAAGGACACCCUACUCAGGAUCGACUUAGCCAAGCCUGAUCAGCCUAACCAGGUUGAACUAGGAAGGAAAGACGACAUUAAAGUUUGCAAAUUGUUCCUCGACCCCACAGGUUCCCAUCUGCUGAUCAUCUUGAGCACCAGUGAGUGUCUGUAUCUCAACAGGAACACCCAGAAAGUUCGCAGUCUGUCUCGCUGGAGAGGACAUCUCAUUGAGAGUAUUGGCUGGAACAAGCAGCUGGGCAACGAGACGAGCACUGGGCCCAUCCUGGUCGGUACCAGCCAAGGCAUCAUCUUCGAAGCAGAGAUCUCUGCAACGGAGGGCAGUCUCUUCAACACCAAUCCAGACCAAUACUUCAGACAGGUCCACUCCCUGGAAGAGGAUGGAAAGCCAGCGCCAGUCUGCUGCAUAGAGGUGGAACGGGGCUUGGAGAACAAGUACUUCAUCAUCGCUACCACCAGCAAACGCCUUUUCCAGUUUGUAGGUAAGGUGGCCGAGGGGUCAGAACAGCAAGGCUUCAGCUCCAUCUUCAGCCAGAACCAGGACCUGCUGCCCAGUUUCCAGGAGUUCCCCUUCAGCAUGGGUUAUAGUGAGAUCACCUUCUACACCUCCAAACUCCGCUCCCGCCCCAUGGCGUUUGCAUGGAUGAUGGGUAACGGCGUUCUUUACGGUCAGCUGGACUACAUCAGGCCUGAUUCCUUGCUGAGUGAUGUGCAGGUCUGGGAGUACACGUCAGAUAUUGACCUGAGUUUAAACAAACCCAUCUCCAUCGUGCUGACGCAGUUCCACUUCUUGCUGUUGCUCCCUGACCGAGUCAAAGCCAUCUGCACUCUGAACGGGGAGGUGAUCCAUGAGGAUGUAUUCCCAGAUAAAUUCGGCCCUCUGAAGAAGAUGAUCAAGGACCCGGUGGGUGGGUUGGUCUGGAUUUACACAGAAAGGGCCGUCUUCCGAUACCACAUUCAGCGUGAGGCCAGGGACGUGUGGCAGAUGUACAUGAGCAUGAACAAAUUUGAUCUGGCCAAGGAGUACUGCCGUGACCGGCCCGAGUGCAUGGACAUGGUGCUGGCCAAGGAGGCCGAGCACUGCUUCCAGAACAAACGAUACUUGGAGAGCGCCAAGUGCUACGCCCUGACGCAGAAUUACUUUGAAGAGAUUGCGCUCAAGUUUAUCGAAGUCAAACAAGAGGACGCCCUGAAGGAAUUCUUGCGGAAGAAGCUAAAUAAUUUGAAACCGAGUGAGAGGACGCAGAUCACCUUGUUGGUCACGUGGCUAACUGAGCUUUACCUGAACCGGCUUGGCCAGCUGGAGAGCGACAGUAACAGUGCCAUCUUCCAGGAGACCCGCAAGGAGUUCCAACAAUUCCUCAGUAGUCCCAAGCAUAAGGAUUGCUUGUACAUUAACCGCAGCACCAUUUACGACCUGCUCGCCAGUCACGGCAACGUGGAUGGCAUGGUGUACUUCUCGGUCAUCAUGGAGGACUACGAGAGGGUGAUAUCUCACUACUGCCAACAUGAUGAUUACGCCGCCGCCCUGGACGUGCUGUCGAAGCACUGUGAAGAGAAGCUUUUCUACAAGUUUUCUCCCGUGCUCAUGCAGCACAUUCCAGAAAAAGUAGUGGAUGCCUGGAUCCAGAUGGGCAAACGGUUAGACCCAAAGAAACUGAUCCCAGCACUGAUGAACUACAGUCAGAUGGGCAGCACCCAGCAGAUCAACGAAACCAUCCGCUACAUGGAGUUCUGUGUCUACGAGUUGAACGUGACAGAAGAGGCCAUCCAUAACUACCUGCUGUCUCUGUAUGCCAAGUAUAAACCAGACUCUUUGCUUUGGUACCUAGAGCACGCAGGAACACAUACCUAUGAGAUCCACUAUGAUUUAAAGUAUGCUCUCAGGUUGUGCGCAGAACAUGGCUACCUCCGGGCGUGUGUCCUGGUUUAUAAGAUCAUGGAACUCUACGAGGAGGCAGUGGAUCUGGCUUUGCAAGUAGAUGUGGACUUGGCCAAAUCAUGUGCUGACCUGCCUGAUGAUGAUGAGGAACUCAGGAAAAAGCUUUGGCUGAAAAUUGCCCGACAUGUGGUGCAGGAAGAGAAGGAUGUGAAGAAAGCUAUGAACUGUCUGUCAAGCUGCAACCUGCUCAAAAUUGAAGACAUCCUGCCCUUCUUCCCAGAUUUUGUCACCAUUGACCACUUUAAGGAGGCCAUUUGUAGCUCCCUGGAAGAAUACAACCAACAUAUCGAGGAGCUUAAGCAAGAAAUGGAGGAGGCUACAGAGAGCGCCAAGCGCAUAAGAGAAGACAUCCAAGAAAUGAGGAACAAGUACGGUGUUGUUGAUUCCCAGGAGAAAUGCGCUGCUUGUGACUUCCCCUUACUCAACAGGCCAUUCUACCUGUUCCUGUGUGGUCACAUGUUCCACUAUGACUGCCUCUUACAGGAAGUGACCCCUCAGCUGUCGACUUACAAGCAGAGUCGUCUGGAAGAGCUACAGAAAAAGCUGGCCGCUGCCGCACAGUCGUCCAAAUCACGGCACCGCCCGGCACCCAAAGAGGACGUAGACUCUGCCAGCCUGGGCAAAGGCAGCGCCAGCACGAGCCACGAACAGAUAAAGUGCGACAUCGACGACAUCAUCGCGUCUGAAUGCGUCUACUGCGGCGAACUGAUGAUCAAGUCCAUCGACAAGCCUUUUAUUGACCCUCAAAGGUUUGAGGAGGAGAAAUCCAGCUGGUUAUGAAUCAGACCCGUUCUACGAUCAGUGCGAAACGAUAAUCACGUGGCCGUGCAGCUUCAGUAUGUCAGCGAUAAAGGUUUGAAACCUUUUGCUUGCCUCUUGCUUCAUUAACGAAACAAGUGAGGGAAAUGAAACAUGAAAUACUCCGGCAGUCAUCAUUGCUCAGUUGUCUUGUUCCUGUUUAACUGCUGUGAAGUGACAAAAA